AUGGCGACCACUUUACCCAGACCGCGUGCUUCGAAUAGCACGUCAUCAAGCACUCUUCCAGUUCUGCCCGUCGCAAAGACACGAAAGAGCACCGGCGGCUUAGCAACUCCUAGUACCCCAGCUUCACCGAGGAGUGGCCUUCGAGCACCCUCAGCAAACACAUAUUCUGGACCUCCUCCGUCCCCUGCGCCUACCACGGCACUACCGGUUCCAAGGAGCUCUCACGGGGUUAAUAGUGCUGGAAGGACCAUUAGAAAAACCGUCAGUAUAAACUCAUUUCCUCAACCGCCGAGCCGCACUUCAACCCACCCCCCGAGUCCCUUGUCCGGAUCGAUCACACCUGCGAGAAAGGCGCGCACUCCGCAGCCAACAUCUAAAUUGGCGAGCGCCCCGAGUUUAUUAAAUGGUGGCGCAGAUGGCAAAUCGCUUCUGGGCGGCGCUGGUGGGAGGCACUCGGAUGGAUUCAUCAGCGUUUCGUCUCCGCCGCAAAGCCGGAGCUCUUCUGCCCAGGAUUCAUACUCGACAUCGGCCACCACAUACGAUGAUCUAGCUGAUGGAGCGGGGACUUCAGUCGGUGACAAGCACACUUCUAAAGGAAUGGAGGGUAAGGGAAACGUCCUUGUUAGCGUUAGAGUUAGACCAGACGCCGGAAGCAACGGGAAUAAUAAUCCAGAAGGCGAAUGGAUGGUAGAUGGCCGCCGGUCUCUCAUAGCUUAUCGCGGCCGCGAAGGAGGCGAUUAUUUUUACGAUAAUGUCUUCACGACACAUGAUGAUAAUAGCAGAGUCUAUGAUCACCUUGCUAAACGCUUAGUUCGUCGGGUUAUGGAAGGAUACCACGGUACCGUAUUCGCGUAUGGUAUGACGGGUACCGGCAAGACCUUCUCCAUGCAGGGAACUGCGUCGUCACCUGGCGUGAUCCCGCUGGCUAUAACGGACAUUUUCUCAUAUAUCCGCGAAACUCCAUCCAGGGAGUUCCUAUUGCGUGUCAGCUAUCUGGAAAUCUACAACGAAAGGAUCCAUGACCUUCUAAGUAUGGCUUCUGGCAAUGGUGCUGGGGCAGCCGCGCAAGAGGAAAUUAAGCUACGGGAAGAUAGUAAACGAGGCGUUUAUGCUACGCCCUUGAAAGAAGAAAUCGUCCAGAGCCCGACUCAACUCUUACGAGUGAUUGCCCGUGGUGAUCAAGCUCGAAGAACUGCAAGCACGCAGUUCAAUGCCAGGAGUUCGCGCAGUCAUGCCGUUGUCCAGAUCGUUGUUGAGAGUAGAGAGCGCAUUCCUGGCGGCUCUGGUGGAGAUAGCAAGCGUUCAGGCAUACUUCCGGGUGGUGUUCGUGUUUCCACACUAAGCUUGAUCGAUCUAGCUGGCUCAGAAAAAGCUGCCGAAACGAAGGAACGCCGGGCGGAGGGUUCUCACAUCAACAAAAGUUUGCUAACGCUAGGCACGGUCAUAUCGAAGCUUUCGGAACAGAAGGAGGCUAAAGGAGCUGAUAAGGAUGCGAAGCAUCUACCGUACCGAGAUAGCAAGUUAACCAGACUUCUCCAGGGAGCACUCUCUGGAAACUCGUUAGUCAGUAUUUUAUGCACGAUCCAGACAGGCGCAGCCAAUAGCGCGGCUUCCGCAAACAGUCAUGCGACCGAAACAUUAAAUACGCUCAAGUUCGCUUCAAGAGCGAAAAACAGUAUUGUUAGCCAUGCUAAACGAGCUGAAGAAGCCCUCGGCGCCGGUGGAGAGGGAGGAGCAAGGGUUCUCCUAGAGCGUUACCGAAUGGAGAUACAAGAGCUGAGAACUCAACUCGAAAGCCAGGCCAAGUCAGGUAAUAGCAAAGUCGAGGAUGAAGACAAGGUCAAAGAUGAGGAAGAGGAGCGCGUUCGAGAAAAAGAAGCGGAAGCAAGACAUGAGGAGCAGAUGUUAGAAAUGCAACUCGCACGCACGGCGUUGAAAGAGCGCAUCGACCAUUUGAACCGAUUAAUUCUCAGCUCGAAGUCUACGGGAGUUAACGCCGGCGGGACGUAUAGUUCGCUUGGAAUGCAUACUAGGUUUUCUCAGGCGUCUCUGCGGACAUCAAUUGCCACAUCUAACGGUAGCCAUCCGUUUCUAGAAAGACCCGGCUCCAUGGGCUCUUCAGUAUCCACCAUUGGCCAGAGAUCGAUCAGGAAGCGACGCUCUAGCAUAGGUGAGCAGGGAUCAAAUGAUGACGAGGACAGUUUGGGCGAAUACGGUGACGGCACGGCGUCUUUGCAGAACCAAAAUCAGGCGUUACAGGCAGACCUCGCCGAUAAAAACCGAUAUAUCGCUACUCUCGAGAAACGUCUCUUACAAGCACGGCGUGCUAGCUCUUCACGGACUUCGAGCGGAUUCUCGGCGCCGCACAAGGGCAUUAUGGUUGGAGAAGACCAUAGUGUUUCCACUCUAAUGAAAGAGAAAGACGCCGAGAUCGCGGAGUUAAAGGCGAGGCUUGAAGACAAAGAUCGAAUGUUGUCAGCUCUGCGCAAUGCAGCUCGCUCGAGAGACGCUGCUGAAGGAAUCGAUACUUCAAGGAGCGAGACCAGAUCAUCUCUGCUGUACGAACAAGCGGCAAGCCCGCCGCCCCAAGGAGCUCUCCCUGAUCCACCGGUCUCCGCAUCUUCUAAGGGUCAAUCGCCGAUUCGAAAACGGACUAGGAGCGUUGACGAAAUGAGCCGUAUCCUAGAUGAGAUGAUUCAGGACCGAGUCGAGGCGGGCCACAUCGUCAGGGGCGUCCGUGGCAGCGUUCAGGUGGCUAAUGAUGGGAAAGGCGAGACCGUAACCGAGCCGGGCAAUACAGAACUCGAACCACUACGACAAAGCCCAUCAUCGAUAUUUAACGAGUCAAAGCAAGUCGUGCUGGAGGCGUAG